UAAUGACUUUCAACAUCUGUAAUUUCUGUUGUGGAAUUCUCAAUUCUCAUUGUUUUCUGCCUAAGUUUGUCACCUAACCAACUCUUUUCUUAGCUAUAUAACCAGUUGAUUUCUGAUCUCUUAUUCUUUUUAUCACAAUCCAUUGGAUUGUAUUGUAUUGAUUAAUUAAGAAUAUGGGUGUAUCUACCUUCACACAAGAAUUCACCUCCCCAGUUGCUCCAUCACGUAUGUUCAAGGCCUUAAUCCUAGAUUCUAACAUUUUGAUCCCAAAGCUCCUACCCCAAUUUAUUAAAAGUGUUGAUGUUAUCCAAGGUGGCGAUGGCGCUGGGACCAUUGAACAAGUCAACUUCACUGAAGCUAGUGACUUCAAGUAUAUCAAGAAUAGAAUUGAAGAGCUAGACAAAGACAAUCUUGUGUGCAAGUAUACUCUGAUUGAGGGAGGUCCACUCGGGGACAAGCUUGAUUCUAUUGCUUAUGAGGUCAAAUUUGAGGCAGCCAGUGAUGGAGGCUGCAUCUGUAAGAUCACAAGCAACUAUUUUACUCUUGGAAAAUUUACUAUUAAAGAAGAAGAUAUUGAGGAUGGCAAGGGCAAAGCUCUAGGAAUAUACAGAGUCGUUGAAGCUUACCUCUUGGAGAACCCUCAAGUUUAUGCUUAACUAAUCUGUUUUUGUCCUUUUAACGUAUCUUUGUUGUUGGUUUGUGAUUCAUUAUACUUGUCCGUUUAAUUCUUGCCAGGGAAAAAACAUUCCUUAUAAAUCCUGAUGCUUGUAUUUUGAGAUGAAAAAUAAGAAAUGAUUCUACCAAA